CCCAGCCCCCUCGCCACCCCUCCUCCCCAUCCCGCAGACGAGCGCCCCGCCCCAGCCCCCUAGCUCGUCUUCCUCAGCGCUCGCGCUCGCGCGUCCACCGCAGGUUGAUCUCCCCUUCGAUUCUCUCACUUUUGGGCAGAGAGAUCUGGCCGGAGGGGUCGCAGUCCUCCCGCCUCAUUUUGGCCAGUGUCCAUUCUGGGUUGGUUGGGGCUCGCAUGCCUAAAUCGGGUACGGAUGACAGAUGCAGUAACUGCUAAUAUCUUUUGAAGAAUCUUUAGCUGCAGAUCUGGAAGCCAUUUUGUGCCCUUGCUUCAGUUGGAGCCCUGCUACAUGAAGUGAAUGAUGCUGCUUUCUGGUAUCCCCUUGCCAUUGGUUGUUACUUGUGUUUGUUCACCAAAUCUGGCAGGAGGUGAUCUGCCCAAGCCUUAGUUCCGUGCUCUGGGUAAAUAAGGUGAAAGCUCCCAGCUCUUGUGUGUUGAUUUCUCUGGAUUUUUGAGUAACCUUGAUAACCUGGAGGCCGCAAGGAAACAGAUCCCACCCUGCAGCAGCUCUAGUAAUAAGGUGGUACUAGGGGAAGGCACCAUGACCUACUUUCCUGAGGAGGUGGUGGAGCACAUAUUCAGCUUCUUGCCUGGUCAACAUGACCGGAACACAGUUUCGCUUGUAUGCAAGGUGUGGUAUGAGAUUGAAAGGCUGAGCCGUCGUACUGUCUUUGUGGGGAACUGCUACGCUGUUCGUCCUGAGCGAGUAGUUCUGCGUUUCCCUAAUAUGCGGGCACUGACGGUCAAAGGAAAGCCACACUUUGCCGAUUUCAACCUUGUGCCACCUGAUUGGGGUGGGUAUGCUGCUCCGUGGAUUGAGGCAGCAGCCAGGGGCUGUGUGGGUCUUGAGGAGCUGCGGAUGAAGCGGAUGGUGGUGACGGAUGAGAGCCUUGAGCUGCUAGCUAAAACAUUUCCACGCUUCAGGGCUCUCAUCCUAAUCAGCUGCGAGGGGUUCAGCACCGAUGGGCUAGCAGCUAUUGCAAGUCACUGCAAGCUCCUGAGGGAGUUGGAUUUACAGGAAAAUGAAGUGGAAGACCGAGGGCCAAGGUGGCUCUCCUGUUUCCCCGAUUCCUGUACAUCACUUGUCUCCUUGAAUUUUGCCUGCAUCAAGGGGGAGGUUAAUGCUGGUUCAUUGGAGAGGCUUGUUGCUAGGUCCCCAAAUCUCCGGAGUCUGAGAUUGAAUCGAUCUGUACCCGUAGAUACACUCUCGAAGAUAUUAAUGCGCACCCCUAAUUUGGAGGACCUUGGGACUGGGAAUUUGGCAGAUGACUUCCAAACUGAGUCCUACAUCAGGCUGGCCCUUGCAUUUGAUAAAUGCAAAAUGCUAAGGAGUUUGUCAGGAUUUUGGGAUGCUUCCCCUUUCUGCCUCCCUUUCAUUUAUCCUGUUUGUGCGCAACUAACAGGUUUAAACUUAAGCUAUGCUCCCACACUUGAUUCUUCCGAUCUCACUAAAAUGAUCAGCCACUGUGUGAAACUCCAACGCCUUUGGGUACUGGAUUGCAUUGCGGAUAAGGGCUUGCAAGUGGUGGCCUCCAGUUGCAAGGAUCUACAAGAACUCAGGGUAUUCCCAUCAGACUUCUAUAUUGCUGGGUAUUCCCCGGUGACUGAAGAGGGACUUGUUGCAAUAUCCUUGGGCUGUCAAAAAUUGAGCUCAUUGCUCUAUUUCUGUCACCAAAUGACCAACGCUGCACUAAUUACUAUAGCUAAGAACUGCCCAAAUUUCACGCGAUUCAGACUCUGUAUUCUUGAGCCGGGGAAGCCUGAUGCCAUGACAAACCAACCAUUAGAUGAAGGCUUUGGUGCUAUUGUUCGUGAAUGCAAAGGGCUAAGGCGACUGUCAAUAUCAGGCCUUCUCACGGAUAAGGUUUUCAUGUAUAUCGGAACAUAUGCAAAAGAACUUGAGAUGCUUUCAAUAGCAUUUGCCGGAGAUAGUGAUGCAGGAAUGAUGCAUGUUAUGAAAGGAUGCAAAAAUCUGAGGAAGUUGGAGAUUAGAGAUAGCCCAUUUGGUGAUGCUGCACUCUUGGAGAAUGUUGCCAAGUAUGAGACAAUGCGAUCCCUUUGGAUGUCAUCGUGCAAUGUCACAGAAAAGGGGUGCCAAGUCCUUGCAUCAAAGAUGCCAAUGCUUAAUGUGGAGGUCAUAAAUGAGCUAGAUGAAAACAAUGAAAUGGAUGAGAACCAUGGAGGGCUCCCCAAAGUGGACAAACUAUAUGUUUACCGCACAACUGCCGGGGGAAGGGAUGAUGCACCAAAUUUUGUUAAAAUUCUAUAGAGCUAGCUGAGAGUUGCCCGAUAUCUUAUUCUGAUAGAUGGUCGGCGGAAUCGGGCAGGCCCGGGCUGACAGUGGCAAGUCCUCCGGGUGUCUCCCUCCCCUUUGCGGUGGCCAGGAAAAGGCGCAUCUGUGUGCCCCUUAUCUUGGAGCAUCUCUGUCCGUGGAUCCAUCAUUCCCUUUUAGCGUUUGGUCAUAUGGCCACCCAAUGGCCCUGCCUUUACCCUGUGCGUUCUCAAGAGGACCACCAAUCGGACGCCCCCAACUUCCCUUUUUUUCUUCUUCCCUGUAUUCCGUAGCAGUACCUAUCUCAUUUGCUUUUGACAUUGCCACAGUGCAUCGUGCUGCUGCUGCUGUUGGCUGUUGCGCUUGUUGUUGUUGUUGUUGUUGUUGUUGUUGUUGUUGUUGUUGUUGUUGUAAUGUUGUUUGUUUGAACCUUGUCCAGUUGUCCCGGAAGAACAUUUCGAGGCGAUGGCUAGUUUGUUGCUCCCUUGAAUGUAUUGAGCGCCUGGAAUAAUUUGGUAGUACCGUGAUUUCAUCA